CGGUGGCCGCCAUCUUGCGUACGGAGGUGCGGCUCCUUACCCUUAUCCUGACGGCGGAGAGUUUAUUCUCUUCAGCUUUCUGCUUUGUGGCGGUGUCCCGGCGUUUCUUUCACCUUUAUAAAGAUGCCUUAUGGUGAAAUUGAAGCUAAAUUCUUGGGACCUGGAGAAGAAUUAACAAAUGAGCCAUGCUAUAAAAAAUUGAAGUCAACUGCGGAGGAUUAUGUUUUCCCUGAUCAUGGUAGUGCUUCUUUUCACAGAAUCCAAGAGAAAACUGGAAACAAUCAGGAUACUGCAGCUAUCAUUGAUGCCAGAGGACAUAGUUAUCCUCAGGAGGACAAAACUCAAAGUACAGAGUUGUUGAAACCUGUGUGCGAUAGACUAGAUGUUAUUGAAUCCAUUGGUUCGCAAGUUUUACAGGAUGGAAACCCUUCAUUAGUAUCCAGAGAUGAUGAGAUAUAUAGCACAAGUAAGGCAUUUAUAGGACCCAUUUACAAACCCCCUGAGAAAAGGAAAUGUAGUGAAAAGAGGAAUAAGGCAGAUACUCUGAGUGGUGUAAAUGACAAGGGAAGACUAGAGGAGAAACAGAAGUUUAACUCCAAAAAAUCAGAGAUUGACACAGAACUAACCCAAUUUUACAAAGAAAUUGAAGAACUUGAAAAUGAAAAAGAUGAUUUGGAAGUCAGUUGUAAGGAAGUUGAACCUUCUCAGGAACAACUUAUUCAGUAUUACCAGGGCCAUAAAAAUGAUGUCUUAAAAUCUGAUGAAGAAAAUAAAGAUCUUAAGAAUGCUCUUGAGUUGCCUUGUGGUUAUCAGCAGUACUUGGGGAAUGAGGCAGGCAAAUAUACCUUUGAUGGACAAGUAAUUCCUGCAUUUUGUGAUAUUUCAUUUGCUUCCUUCAGGCCUGAAUGGCAAUCAACACAUCCUUUUAUAGUACCCCAUGGUCCUCCUCUUCCCAGUUUUAACUAUCACUUAAAUAUUCAACAGUUCAAUGCUCCUCCAAAUCUACCACCAAAUGUUUUCCAUGCCCAAGAUGACUCUCAUAUGCAAAAUGGGUAUGAUGUACAUAAUUGUCAUGUUAACUGGAGUUGUUUGACUUUUGAUCAGAACAAUGAGUAUACUGACUGUAGUGAGAAUAACAGUAGUGUUCACUCUGGAAAUGGCUGCAGUGUGCAAGAUGGAUAUGUGAGUAACAGUUUCUGUGAAAUCAGAGAAGGAUGCUGGAAAGAUCCUUCUAUGGACAAACAUAGUGGAAUGGACAGGUUUGUGAACCAGCAAUUUCAAGAGGAAAAGUUAAAUAAAUUGCAGAAGUUACUGAUUCUUUUAAGGGGUCUGCCUGGUUCUGGGAAAACAACGUUGUCUCGAAUUCUGCUUGGUCAGAGUCGUGAUGGCAUUGUAUUCAGCACUGAUGACUAUUUUCACCAUCAAGAUGGGUACAGGUAUAAUGUUAAUCAACUUGGUGAUGCCCAUGACUGGAACCAGAACAGAGCAAAACAAGCUAUUGAUCAGGGAAGAUCUCCAGUUAUAAUAGACAACACUAAUACCCAAGCUUGGGAAAUGAAACCUUAUGUGGAAAUGGCCAUAGGAAAAGGAUACAGAGUAGAGUUUCAUGAACCUGAAACUUGGUGGAAAUUUGAUCCUGAAGAAUUAGAAAAGAGGAAUAAACAUGGUGUGUCUCGAAAGAAGAUUGCUCAGAUGUUGGAUCGUUAUGAAUAUCAAAUGUCCAUCUCUAUUGUAAUGAAUUCAGUGGAACCAUCACAGAAAAGCACACAAAGACCCCCUCCUCCACAGGAGAGGCAGAGGUGGGGAGGCUAUUUAGGCUCACAUAAUGAAGUCUUUGUCACAGAUAAUCAUUAAGUUGGCUAUUUUCAGCUAACAUUUGUUGCUUGCUCUUGAAAAAAAAAAUUAGUGAGCCUGUCUUGAAGUUUCAAUAGUUUCAAAUAAAAAGACUGUGGUGCCUCGCAAAGGAUGUUCCCAGCAAGUUGUUUAAAUUCUAAAGUACAAAUAAAAAUUAUAUAAAAUUGUAUUUUAAAUGUUUUUAAUAAUCUUUUGUGGCAGUACCUUUGGUUAUUAUGAAAGCCCUUUAGUAGAGUGGAUAGGAUGUAGGAAUUUUUUUUGUACAAUUGAAUUAUAAGCUUAUGUAUUUUAUAUGUUGGAACAUACAAAAGUUUUUUAUUAUUCUUAACCUAAAUCUAAAUUUUCAUAAAAUUUUAAUUUUUUUCCUUCACUCUCUUAAAUAUGCAAGAAAUACCAAUUUGUUAUAGGGCACCUUAGUUGAUUCCCCUGUUUAUACAGAUAAAAUUAUAUUUCAGAUAAUCUAUGUGACAAAGUUAUUUCUAAGGUGUAAUUAGCAUACCACUUUGUUCAAACACAAUUCCCCAGUAAAUGCUAGACAGUCAAUGAUGUAUUGAUCACCUAGGGAGUUUCCCCCAUUAUAUUAUGGAUAUUCCUCAAAUAAUACAUACAUAGUCAUCAACCAUCUCAAGCAUCUCUCUGCCCCCUGCACACUUGCCAAUUCUGGAAGGAAUACAGAGACAAGUCACUGUGUAGUAGGAAAAGCUCCUCAGGUGAUUCCAAUAAUGUUUCACUUAUCUUUGUUCAAUUUCAUGCAGCAUAAUUGUAAUAUAAAAAAUAUUUUGGAUAGUUGCUUAGCUUUUGUUAUAAAAUGAUUUGUCUUACACAAUGUUGUAGUUCUAGUUCUGAUUUUUUCUGUAGAGUCAGCUGAACUUCUUUCAGUGAAUAUGUUCCUUCACUAGAAAAUUAAAAACUGGGAUGUACUUCA